CUGACAACCCGGCAACUUGACGAGAUGGCCAACCUCUCGGUGGUUGCCGGUAGGGCGAACGCGGAGGUCCUCCAGCUGAAGGAGGAGAACUCGUUGUUGAUGGGGGAAGUCUCCCACCUGAAGGAGGAGGCAUGGGUGAAGGAGCAAGAGCUGCCCGGUCGGGCCAGACAGUGGAUGGAGGAGAACCUAGUGGAGGCCGCCCGGGUGCUUGCUUCCUCUGAGGAGAGAACCAUGGAGGGCUUCAAGCUUCUGUACCGGGAGGACCACGGGAGGGAAAUGAUUACCCAAAUUGGCUCCUAUGGUUUCAUGUCGGGCCAAAAAAGAGACCGGGAGGCCACCCACGCGAUCCUCGCCGACGGGGACCCGCACUUUGACGCUGAUUCAUACGGCCUCGCCCCCAUCCCGGACGAAGAACCCGCACCUCCUUUUCCGCUUGAGUAAUCUUCCCGGCUGCGACCGGUUGAAUUAUUUUGUAAAACUUCAAACUCAUUUCCCCGGGAAUGCCCGGUGUAGCUGUAAAACACUUAACUUUUUGUUUUGCUUUAAUGCAAUGCUUAAUUUCCAUACCGGCUUAGCUUCCAUAUCUGCAUGCUUCUUGAUUGAUACUUUGAUCUUCGCUUCUUAGAACGCCAUCAUAGGAUACCCGACCGGUAUAGUAAUCAAUCACCAUACUUCCU